UCACUUUCUUCUGGGAUCUCGCAGAGUCUAGAGCCAAUCAGUACAUGUAGGCACGCCGUAUAUAUGAGACUGCAAUUCUCGUUGUCGAGUCCGUCCUUUCAGUCGUCCUCUGUGCCAUCUCAGAUUCAGACUUUAACAGUAUUUAAUCAUGGCUCUUUAUUAUUCACCUGACAACCUAAUCACAGCAACCGAGGGUGAUCUCAUUGAAUUUCGGCGUCUUCUGUUUUUCGGAUUUGGCUAUUGUCACUUUGCCGUUUGUACCGUCGACUCUGAAGCCGAUUUUCGAGCCGCUGUUCAAACCAGUAGAGCCGUUGGUGACAGAUUCACCAUAGGCGUCGAUUCUCCGUGGAUAAAUAUCAGGCGGAAGUGUCUCUUGACUCGAAUUGUGGAGAAGACCAUCAGAAAUCUGUGUGACGGACAUGAUGGCGGAUGGCGAGUCAAUAACCUGGACGCGGCUGCCAGAGCCAAGGGAUUGCGGCCAUUCAGACCUGACGUGAUUGUCGAAAGGGCCCGGGGAUUUCUCAUGGAAGAUCGUUUGAUAGUUUAUAGUUUGAUCACCGACAAUUGCGAGCAUUUUGCUACCAAGUGUCGAUAUGGGCAACCCUUUAGUCUCCAAGUGAGUGAUUUUCGUACGGCAACUGUUAGAUAUGUUUUGACGAUGAUUUCAGCCAUUCGUCAUGCCUACUACUCACGAAGACGCCCGGAAAUUUACAUACUGGGUCGAACGAUUGACGAAGUCACGCAGAAUGAAACUGUGUAAAUUGAAAGAUGUUGAAGAAUUGAAAUGAAUUGACUGUUAUUUUUUUGGUGAUGACGGAAUAAACUUUCAAUUUUGAAGC